AUGACGAUCGCCCCCAUGGAAGAAAAGGAUCACGUCCAAGUCGUCAGUAUAUCAGACGAUGAACGCCGAAAGGGCAAAUACUCCCCGUCGACGCUCCAAAAGGCACUCGAGGCAAUGCACCAAGAUGGCCUGGUCGUUCUCAAGGAUGUCAUCGACUCCGGUCACAUUGCCACAAUCAACGAAAGGAUGUGUGUGGAUGCAGAUAAGAAGAGAGUCGAUCCAUCUCAGACGUUCAAUCAUGGAGUGAAAUCAAACUUCCUCCAACGUCCGCCGGUAACAGAAUCCUCGUAUCUUUUCGAGGGCGUAUAUUUCAACCCGUUUCUUCUUCAACUUGCGAAUGCAUACCUGGGGCACACACCGAUAUGGAACUGGUUGACUUCCAACGUGGCAUUGUCCGACACACCGGGAAUGCGCCAGCCAGCCCAUAAAGACUGUUCUUUCGCCCAUCCACAGUACCCUUACUACUUCGUCGCCAACAUCCCACUGUGCGAGUUCACGGUGGAGACCGGGGCCACGGAAUUUUGGUUGGGAUCCCACGCCCACGCCAGUUACCACGAACAGGUCAUAGCGACGAAACCCGAACAGAUUGUCGAGUACGGACGCCUGGGAGAACCACUCCCCUCGAUCACAGAGGAGGCAAAGGAAGCACGAAGAUCCAUUCGACCACCCAUUCAACCCGAGUGCUCACCGGGAGAUAUCAUGAUACGUGAUUUGAGAUUGUGGCACGCUGGUAUGCCGAACGAGUCGAACAAGAACAGGAUCAUGCUAGGGUUGGGGUAUCAGAGUCCGCAUUAUCCAAACUACAGUAUGAGAUGUCAUUUGCCUUUGUCUCAGCAGGAUUUCUUCAUGCGGUCGGCGGGUGACAUGGUCGAAGUGAGAGCGAAUUUCUACGACGAUGAAGAGUUUGAUCAAUUGACCAAAGAUACCUGGUUUGAAUUGAGACCUGAUUAUUUGAGAUGAAUACUUACCUUGGGUAUUCAACAUCUAAUUCCGUCCCCGAGAGAGUUGAGAUAUGUUUUAUGCAUCGACUUAAAGACUAUAUUACAUUUUACGAAUAC